AUUUAUCACUUGCAGGGGCCCACUUUAGCUUAAUGUUCUAGCGGCUAGCUGAUGGAAGGGCUCAGAAACCCCACGCCGUUUAGCCCCUCCAACCCUCCAUCUCCAACGACGUAAGCUCCGAAUGGCCGACAGGCAUUCUUUCUACAUAGUAAACGCCGCUUCGAGCAACUACAACCUAACAUUGAAUUCACCAUUCUCAACUUCAUGAGUCUUUUUUGGCUCUAAAAAGUCGGAUUUCUUUUCGCCUCCUUCUUUCAUAUUCUUUCAUUCUUUCAAUCUCUCCUUCUCUCCUUUGGCUCUCCAGUCGCUUCAAUAUUUUCCUGGAAAUUUCCAAGUAUUUUCCAUAGCUUUCUGCCGACGUCGUCACUUGAGCUGCCGAGGAGGAUGGCAUCUGCUAUAGAGCAGGCCACAGCCUUCAAAAAUGACGGAAACAAAGCUUUCGCUGCCCAUGAUUGGCUUAAAGCAAUCGAUCUCUAUACCAAGGCUAUCGAAUUAAACGAUAAAGAGCCAACAUAUUUCACAAAUAGAGCACAGGCCCAUAUUAAGUCAGAGGCUUUUGGAUAUGCUAUCGCCGAUGCUACAAAGGCUAUAGAGCUGAAUCCGAAGCUCAUAAAGGCCUAUUUCCGCCGUGCUGUUGCUUACGCUGCCAUCCUCAAACCCAAAGACGCCGUCAAGGAUUUUAAGAAAUGUGUCGAACUCGACCCAUCCAACAAAGAUGCUAGACUGAAGCUAGCCGAGUGCCAAAAGAUUGUGCGGCAACUAAACUUCUAUGCGGCUAUCGAAGUUGGAGAUGAGCCGUCUGCGGCCGAGGGUCUUGACAUUGACUCUAUUGCUAUAGAGCCAGACUAUGACGGAGUGAAACUUGGCGAUCAGAUGACCCAAGAGUUCGUCGACGACAUGAUCGAGAGGUUUAAGAACGGCAAGAAGCUCCACAAGAAAUAUGUCUACCAGAUUGUUAUUGCGGUCAAGAAGAUCGUGUACGACGAGCCAACGAUGGUAGAAAUGACCAUUCCCGAUGAUGUCAAACUCACGGUUUGCGGUGACACACAUGGACAAUACUUCGACUUGAUGGAGCUCUUCAGGUUAAAUGGUCGGCCAACUGAGAAGCACUGGUACCUAUUCAAUGGAGAUUUCGUAGAUCGAGGAUCUUGGUCGACGGAGAUCGCCCUACUUUUGUAUGCCUAUAAAUGGCUGCGGCCGAAUGCCAUGUUCCUCAACAGAGGAAACCACGAAACCGAUGAUAUGAACAAAGUCUACGGCUUCGAGGGCGAAUGCAAGGCCAAGUACAACGACCGAGUCUUCAAGUUAUUCUCCGAAAGCUUUUCCGCGUUACCGCUGGCCACGCUCAUCGGCUCCAAGUAUCUCGUCCUGCACGGUGGUCUGUUCUCGGAUGACAACGUUACUUUGGAUGACAUUCGAAAGGUGGAUAGACAUUCUCAGAGGCAACCUGGUCAAGCCGGACUGAUGAUGGAGAUGCUGUGGACAGACCCGCAGAAAGCUCCUGGACGAGGUCCUAGCAAGAGAGGCGUGGGUAUGCAGUUCGGUCCAGACGUAACAAGGAGAUUCUGCGAGAAGAACGGCUUAGAUGCUAUCAUUCGAAGUCACGAAGUUCGUAUGGAUGGUUACGAGGAGGAACACGACGGGAAAUGCAUCACAGUCUUCUCGGCACCCAAGUAUUGUGACCAGACCGAGAACCGCGGCGCGUAUAUCAACAUUGGACCUGAUUAUAAGCUCAGCUUCAACCAGUUUGACGCCGUUCCUCAUCCGCCAAUACGGCCGAUGGCAUAUGCCAAUAACUCGCUCAUGUCGAUGAUGUGAAGAGUGAAUUCAAUUUGCGUAUUUCCACAUGCUGAGCUUCUAUCAAUGGUGGCAUAUCAUGGGCAUUUUUGCAUAUAUGGCACUUCAUGGUCAUGGAAGCAUGGGCGUUGCGGGGAUAUAGGAGAGGAAACGGGACUCUAUACCAUAUUGGCGAUACCAAUGAAAAAUGAACUUUUAGCACAUUUCAUUUCUCAGCGUAUUGGUGACUUGGUCUCAAACUUCAACCACUCCAGAUCUUGUCUUCUCCGGCUCUACCAACCAAGGCACCAAGCCAGUCGGAGCAUCCUCGUAUUCGAAAUGAAGAAUGGAUCCCGUCCUGGUAUGAGCCUUGCCAGGCUGUAAUAGCUGCCGAAAAUGCUCCUAGAUCAUCUCGUGGUACUCUCAACCAGCAGUCCUUGCCCUCUACCUUGAGGAUAUCCAGGGGAAUUCCGACACCCGUAGCGCCUAGAAACUGCUUCAGGGCGGAUGUACAGUAGGACCGUACUUGAAGAGCAUCAAGAUCUUCAGCAUCCGGUGAAUCACUGAAAAGCUCGAGAUGUGCAUAGGAAUAACGUGGUGCCUUGAUUGUAGCAGUAACUAAUUCGUGAGCCUUUUUCACCUUUGGUGCACUCGAGGUGCCCUCCAUUGAUAUGUCGGCUUGUUCAGUCAUGUUGGUCUUUGAGAUUGACUGGUUUUUGCUGUGAUAAUGUAUGCGAUUAAGACUGGUCUCUAUUCUGUAAAUC